AAAAAAAGGGGAAAAAUAUUUCAACUUUCCUUUCCAUAAAUGAAACCAACCACCCAAACCAUAUGUAUUGAUUGAUUUCUCUUGACAAAAAAAGUUUUCUUCUUUCUCAAUAAAGAUGAAGUUUGGGAAGGAAUUUGCAGCACAGAUGGUGCAGGAAUGGCAAGAAGCAUACAUGGACUACAACUAUCUCAAAACAAUAUUGAAAGAAAUAUUACAUUUCAGGCAGAGACAUUCACCAUCACCCACAUCAGCAACAACAUCAAAGGGAGGAUUGAAGAGAAGGGUUUCACUCUACAGAGCAUUUAGUGGUCUAACAAGCAGAAUCAAUGGAGGUUCUCCCAGGAAAAAUGAAGAUGAAGUGAUUCUAGUAAGUGAAGGGAGUGAUUCAAGCCAUUGCCAGACAAUGUUCUUAAUGUCAUCAGAUGAUGGAGGAGAGAAUGAGCUUGUGUUCUUUAGAAGGCUUGAUGAUGAGUUCAAUAAGGUAGUUGGUUUUUAUAAGAAGAAAGUGGAGGAAGUGAUGGGAGAGGCUGAUGAGUUGAGUAAACAAAUGAAUGCUUUGAUUGCUCUUCGGAUUAAGGUCGAAAAUCCUGUCUUUCGAGGCUCUAAGAUGAUGAAUCUUGCAAGCAAUGGCGUUCCGGGUUCUGUUCAUCCCAUCAAUGCUCAAAGAACAGGACAAUCACAUAUGGAUACAAUUCAGGAAGUUGAGAUGAGUAGUGAAGGUUUUUCAGAAGAAGAAGAGAGAAUAGGCAAGAGUGAUCAUAUUCAUAUUCAGGGGUUUAGACCAGCUUCACUGCAAGUACUUGAUCAUGUGAAGAUCAAUAUAACCCCGGAAACGCCUGUAUCGACUGUGAAAACCAUCCUUAAUAGCUCAGAAUCAGGCAUGUCGUUCAGCGCGAACGAGUUGAAGAAGGUGGAGUCACUAAUGGUGCGAGCUCUUGUCGAAUUCUAUCAGAAGCUUCGGUCUUUGAAAAGCUACUGCUUCUUGAAUCAAUUGGCCUUCUCCAAGAUCAUGAAGAAGUAUGACAAGAUCACUUCAAGGAAUGCUUCGAAAGCGUACUUACAGAUGGUUGACAAUUCAUAUCUUGGCAGCUCCGAUGAGAUUACUAAGCUCAUUGAAAGGGUAGAGGCUACAUUUGUUAAGCAUUUCGCGAAUGGAAAUCAUAGAAAAGGAAUGGACAUUUUACGACCAAAAGCCAAAAGGGAAAGGCAUAGAACUACUUAUUUCUUGGGAUUCUUUUCUGGCUGUGCAAUAGCGCUCAUGGUGGCCAUUUUUGUUCUUAUACAUGCCAGAGAUGUCCUCAAGAGCGCAGGACGAACCAAGUACAUGGACAAUAUAUUCCCUCUUUACAGCUUGUUCGGCUUCAUUGCCCUGCAUAUGGUGAUGUAUGCCGGAAAUGUGUACUUUUGGAAGCGUUUUAGGGUAAAUUAUUCCUUCAUUUUUGGAUUCAAGCAAGGGACGGAGUUGGGUUAUCGAGAAGUCCUGCUGCUAAGUUCAGGCCUAGCAGUACUUACAUUGGGUGGUGUUCUGUCAAACUUGGACAUGGAGAUGGAUCCAAGAACACAAAGUUUCAAGACAGUAACUGAGUUAGUCCCUCUUGGACUCCUCACUCUUGUUCUUCUGAUAACAUUCUGUCCCUUCAACAUCAUAUAUCGUUCAAGCCGAUUCUUCCUUCUCCGGUGUGCAUUUCAUUGUAUUUGUGCUCCUUUUUACAGGGUCACUCUCCCGGAUUUUUUCCUAGCAGAUCAGCUUACUAGCCAGGUACAAGCUUUGAGAAAUCUGGAAUUCUAUAUUUGCUACUAUGGUUGGGGGGAUUUCAUGAGGAGAUCAAACACAUGUCAAGGAAGCGACAUUUAUGAUGCUUUCAAUCUUGUCGUAGCAAUUAUUCCGUACUGGCUUCGUUUCGUCCAGUGUUUUCGACGUUUACUCGAAGAGAAAGAUGGAUGUCAAGCACUAAAUGGACUGAAAUACAUGUCAACAAUCAUAGCAGUUGCUGCAAGAACAAGUUAUGAAUUGAAUAAAGGAAUGAGUUGGAAAACCACAGCUCUAGUCACUUCUGGGGUUGCAACAGUUUUCAACACAUAUUGGGACAUUGUCAUAGACUGGGGUCUUCUGCAAAGAAACUCGAGGAAUCCAUGGCUGAGAGACAAGCUCCUUGUACCGAACAAAAGUGUUUACUUUGUAGCUAUGGUGUUGAAUGUUAUACUGAGACUUGCCUGGAUGCAGACAGUGUUAGGCUUCACAGAAGCACCUUUUCUACAUAGAACAGCCUUGAUUGCCAUUGUUGCAAGCUUGGAGAUCAUUCGUCGCGGCCUUUGGAACUUUUUUAGGUUGGAGAAUGAGCACUUGACUAAUGUGGGGAAGUAUAGGGCUUUCAAGUCUGUACCAUUACCUUUCAACUACGAUGAUCAUGAAGACAAGGGGUCAUAGAAUUGGAUGGGUUUUUUCAAGUCUCUACUGUUAUCGAUUUUGUAUAUCCAAAUGAAAAUAAUCAUAUUGCAUUCAUAUAUAAUACAACUUUUAACGACUAUUUUAGUCAAACCUUACAAUGUUGUCAAGUGAAAAUUUAUGUGUGCGUUGACUUGA